AUGACAAAAAGGGUGAAGUCAGUCUAAGGUAAAUGUAAAUUAUAGAAAUAAAACGUAUGUCUGACAUUUUUAACUGUCCUAUUUCCUGUCAUACUGCGCGUUUCCAAUGUCAGAGACGAGGUGGAGAUUAUGAGGAUUUAAUGUUGACGUCAAGGGAUUAGGGAAACUGUAACAGACUCACAAUGGCAUAGGCAAUGUUGUGGCAGUGAUGUCGGCGUUGUAGCCUGAAGGAGCCUGUAAAAGCAUCCUGCAGGAGAAGGUGAGGAAGUUAUAGCUGCGGGUAGACACUGCAGACAUCGUCAUACUUUCAGCGCGUACGUGCUUUUCUGCUGCUGCAGAGAUUUUGCCCAGAAAUAAACGGUGUUACGCAGUCAUAUUUUGUGUUGCAGAGGUGUUAGCCCAGAAGCCUAUAGAAUACCCUAAAGGUAACAUUGCAUCGAUCGGAGGAAAUCCCAUCAAAAAUUGCAAUGGGCAUUUCAUUAAUGAGCAGUCUGCGCAAAGUCUCCGAACAGUGCGUCAUUUUAUCAUACAAUCCUUUACUCAGAGAUGGUUUGGGAUAAAUCAUCAAACCGAAUCUUGCACACAUUGUCUGAGUUAUUAUAAAUGAUUGACAAUCAAAAUACCGAGAUGUGUCAUUGUUGAACUCUUAACCACAUGAACAUGUUUGUUUUUUUUAAACUUUCUUUCUAGUCAUGAGUCAGUUUCGGGCGUUAGCGGGUGUGCUGAGGGGUGGGAGUGUUGGAGGGAUUCAGUGGCUGCGAGCCUGUGGAGGGGCCCCGGCCAGGCGCUGGGUCGAUCCCAGGAGAAACUGCUCCUCUGGGGCCGCGCCGGUCCUCUCAUCGGUGGCGGGUAGCUCCAGCUAUAUGGAGGAGAUGUACUUUGCCUGGCUGGAAGAUCAUAGAAAUGUCCAUGAGUCCUGGGAUGCAUUCUUCCGUAACAUGCAGGCUUCCAGUCCACCUGGUGAGGCGGUGGAGAGACGCCCCUCCGCUCUGCUCGAGGGUCGAGUGCUGUCCCACUCAGCAAACAUGGCCCAGAAAGUGGUGGAGGACCACCUGGCCGUGCACACUCUCAUUAGAGCCUACCAGAUUCGUGGUCACCAUGUAGCACAGUUAGACCCUUUGGGAAUCCUAGAUGCUGAUCUGGACUCCUUUGUUCCCUCCGACUUGAUCACCACCAUCGAUAAAUUAGGUUUCUACAGUCUUGAUGAGUCUGAUUUGGACAGGAGCUUUCAGCUGCCCUCCACCACCUUCAUCGGAGGAGAAGACACCACUCUUCCUCUUAGAGAAAUCAUACGCAGACUAGAGGCAUCCUACUGUGGUCACAUAGGAAUCGAAUUUAUGUUCAUCAACAACGUGAACCAGUGUCAGUGGAUCCGUCAGAAAUUUGAAACCCCGGGAAUAAUGCAGUUCACUAAACUUGAGAAGAGGACUUUGCUAGCCCGCCUGAUCAGAUCCACACGGUUUGAGGACUUCCUGGCCAGAAAAUGGUCUUCAGAAAAGCGUUUUGGUCUGGAGGGCUGUGAAGUGCUCAUCCCGGCUUUAAAAUCCAUGAUUGACACGUCGAGCGCUGCCGGCAUCGACAGUGUGAUCAUGGGGAUGCCUCAUAGGGGUCGACUGAAUGUGCUGGCCAAUGUGAUUCGUAAGGAACUGGAUCAGAUCUUCUGUCAGUUUGACCCCAAGUUAGAGGCUUCUGAUGAGGGGUCAGGGGAUGUCAAAUACCACCUUGGGAUGUACCACGAGAGGAUUAACCGUGAGACGGACAAGAACAUCACACUGUCACUUAUGGCAAACCCCUCCCACCUGGAAGCCGUGGAUCCUGUGGUUCAGGGCAAGGCCAAAGCCGAGCAGUUCUACAGAGGAGACACUCAGGGAAAGAAGGUGAUGUCCAUCUUGAUUCACGGUGAUGCUGCUUUUGCUGGACAAGGAGUUGUCUAUGAGACUAUUCACCUGAGCGAGCUCCCCUCUUACACCACACAUGGUACGAUCCAUGUGGUGGUCAACAACCAGAUUGGCUUCACCACAGACCCUCGAGUGGCCCGCUCCUCGCCCUACCCCACCGAUGUGGCUCGGGUUGUCAAUGCUCCCAUCUUCCAUGUGAAUGCAGAUGACCCUGAGGCUGUCAUGUAUGUUUGCCGGGUGGCUGCAGAGUGGAGGGCCACCUUCAACAAGGAUGUCGUCAUUGACCUGGUUUGUUACCGGCGAUUUGGACAUAAUGAGAUGGACGAGCCCAUGUUCACUCAGCCACUGAUGUACAAACAGAUCCGUCGGCAGGAGCAUGUGCUAAAGAAAUACUCAGACCGGCUCAUUGCGGAGGGAGUGGUGACUCUGCAAGAAUAUGAGGAAGAAGUCGCGAAAUAUGACAAGAUAUGUGAAGAGGCAUACGCCAGCUCCAAGGAUGAAAAGAUUUUAAACAUCCGACACUGGCUUGACUCCCCGUGGCCAGAUUUCUUCACAGCAGAAGGAGAGCCCAGGAGCAUGAGCAGCGUCCCCACAGGACUAAAGGAGGAGGUCUUGCAGCACAUUGGCCAGACAGCCAGCUCUGUGCCCCUGGAUGACUUUAAGAUCCAUCCUGGUGUGUCCCGUAUCCUGCGUGGCCGAGCUGACCUGGUGAAGAAUCGGCAGAUGGACUGGGCUCUAGGAGAAUACAUGGCCUUUGGUUCCCUUCUCAAAGAUGGCAUACAUGUUCGACUCAGUGGGCAGGAUGUAGAGCGGGGCACCUUUAGUCACCGUCAUCAUGUUCUCCAUGACCAAGAGGUGGACAAACGUAUCUGUGUUCCUAUGAAUCACCUGUGGGCCGACCAGGCUCCUUACACUGUCUGCAAUAGCUCCUUAUCUGAGUACGGAGUGCUAGGUUUUGAGCUCGGCUUUGCCAUGGCCAGUCCGAAUGCUCUGAUCCUCUGGGAGGCCCAGUUUGGAGACUUCAACAACACAGCCCAGUGUAUCAUUGACCAGUUCAUCAGCCCAGGCCAGGCCAAGUGGGUCCGCAACAAUGGAAUUGUCCUACUGCUGCCACAUGGGAUGGAGGGAAUGGGUCCAGAACAUUCAUCAGCUCGCCCUGAACGCUUCCUACAAAUGAGCAAAGAUGAUCCUGAUCACUUUCCUGAGUUUAGUGGAGAUUUUGAGGUCCAGCAACUGUACGACUGUAACUGGAUUGUGGUCAACUGCUCCACGCCUGCAAACUACUGUCACGUGCUCAGACGGCAGAUUCUGCUGCCAUUCAGAAAACCGCUGAUCAUUUUCACUCCUAAGUCCCUGCUGAGGCAACCUGAUGCAAGGUCAAGUUUUGAAGACCUUGCUGAAGGUACUCAAUUCAAGAGGGUGAUCCCAGAUGUUGGCCCUGCGAGUCAAAACCCAGCCAAGGUGAAGAGGGUGAUCUUCUGCACUGGCAAAGUCUACUAUGAACUGGCUAGAGAGAGGAAACAGCAAAAACUGGAGAAAGACAUCGCCAUCAUCAGACUUGAACAGAUCUCUCCAUUCCCGUUUGACCUGGUCAGAACUGAAGCAGAGAAAUAUGGAAACGCUGAGCUGGUCUGGUGUCAGGAGGAGCACAAGAACAUGGGUUACUAUGAUUACGUCCGACCACGUUUCCUCACAGUGGCGGCUAACAGGAGGCCCAUUUGGUAUGUGGGACGGGACCCUGCAGCUGCUCCUGCGACAGGAAACAAGUUCACCCACUUUAAUGAGCUGAAGAGGUUCAUGGACACAGCUUUCAACCUGAACGCCUUCCACGGGAAGGACUUGUAAUUAAGAACUGAAGAACAAGAACCAGACGUGCUGUUUCGUCAUCAAUCAGCAUAGUUUAUUUAUGAAGUUUUGAUGUUGCAAAUUGGCACAUUUUAAAACAGUUUUAGCUUUGUGACAAUCUGGAGCAUAGCCUAGUGCAGGGGUGUCCAAACUACGGCCCGGGGGCCAAAUACAGCCCGUGGCCAUUUUGAAUCGGCCCUCAGUCAAUUAAGAAAGUAUAAUGAAAUAUGGCCCACAAAUUAAACUUGUGCUUGUCUUAUACUGUCCCGUCUUAAAUAUAUAUGUAAACAGAUAUUACACAGUAGUAUUCAUGUGUUAAUAAGCCCACUUUUUAAAUGAAUUCAGUCAAUUAAAGAUGAAAACAUUUUCAAACUAAUCUUUGUUGAUAAGAAAAAAGCUCAAUAACUUAUUUAAAUAAAAAGCAGGAAAUAUACUCUUCCUAUUUCCUCUUCUAAGCAAUGAGUGGCUUCUGUGGGAGGGAGGAGCUGCCAACUAAAUAAAUUAAACCCUACGGAGAGCUGUGAUGUAGGCUUUUCUUAAAGCAUUUUCAAGUAUAAAGCUUAAUUUACCUACAUUUGAUUGGUUUUUCUAACUUCUAACUUAACUUAUGAGGCAUAUACUGUACCUCACCUUUAGUGAGGGGCCCAGCCCUUCAUCUUUUUUUCUGUAUGUGGCCCUUGGUGAAAAAAGUUUGGACACCCCUGGCCUAGUGUAUAUGGUAAACAUGAUUUUAACCUCUGAUAAUCUACGGAUGCUUCGGCAACCUAACUGACUUAUGCUUGGAUCAGACUGCACAACUGCUAUUUUCAGAACCUUCAACAACUUUUAUGGGAGAAGACUUUUGAAAGCACAACAAUACACACACAUACACACACUAGUCUUCCCAGGGCUCUGAGAGAAUAGUAAAUGCAGAUUGUCUUGUGACACAAAAUAGCACAAACAAAUUGUUGUAGCCUAGCCCCAUGUCAAAGGAAAUGUAGUCAUCCUUUUUUGAGAUGUCCCAACUCACCCUUUAUCCUCCUUCAUCCUUAAACUAUCAGUUAGGAAAAUGAAAACAUCCACAUACUGUAUGACCUCUUUUCAUUUAGAUCAGGCCAUUUACAGACCAAAAUCAUGUAGUCUGAGGAGUUUUCAACGCAGGACCUAUAAGAUAAACCUGACACCAAGAUUUGCAACCUCUAAAUAGUGCUUUAUUUCCAAAGAAAAGAAAAUAUUACACACAAACAUUAAAUAUCAGUCACAAAAUUGUCACCUAGUUGUGUGAUAAAGAAGCAAAAGUACACUCUUUGAUCCCCUAAUAACAUUCACACACCAACAUUUAGAUUUGUAAAUCUCUGUUGUGGGAGUAGCUUUAGUACUGUAGAUACCUCCAUUGCUUCCAUGCUGAAUCCUACUUGUAAUAAAUAGUAUAGAUUUGUAAUUGUAUUUAUUUUUGUAGAUAAUUAGAAGAAGCUAAGCAAACAAAACAGUCACUCGUGUUUUUAAACUCGGAAUGUCGAAUACAUAUCAAAGGUAUGAAAAGUAUUUUGAAAUUUAACGCGUCAGUAGUUUUAGUGCCUGUAUUUCCUUUGAUUACCUUAGCUGUUAGUGAAGGAGUGUGUAUUUAUUGUCACACUUCACUUCACCAGGAGACAUGAGCCAGCUGGCAGAGACUUGCAGCCAUGUUUUCUACUUAGGACAUAAGGCUCAGCUCCGUCUUUGGUGGCUGAGGAAGGCACACACACAUAAAACCACAGCAAAGCUUUGAUCAUUUGAAAGCAAUAUUGACACUUGUUGUCUCAUUAAAAUCCCCAGGCAUUCAACAUAAUUGGUAUUUGUUACCACUGUUCUUAGAAAUGUUCCUGUUUAACUGUACUGUAGCUUACCCUUUCCACUUCCAGCUGGGAGAUUUUACAAUAAACCAUGCACAAACAUAAUUCUACAUAUCAAUGAUUUAAAAAGAGGGUUUGUGUGUGUUUUUAAUAAAAGUACAGCUUCCAAUAUAUUAGUGUGGGUAUUUAAAGAAACGCAAACACUUAUGCUGGGAAUGAUCAAAUAUGCAUUUAAGUUUAUUAACAUUGUUUGAUCAUGUUUUGGUUGCAGAUGAUGCUAGACAGUUUAAAAUGGUUUACAGCAAGGAAUAUCACACUCUCUUUAUUACAAAUGAAAAUGUGAAUUCAUAAGCAUUAAGUAACCCUUUCCUCAUUUUAAUAAUCUCAAAGACUUUGCUUCUACAUAUUCUGCUGAUAUUAAGAGUCAAUUUGCUUUAUAACCAUCCUCUAUUUGUGAAAAGGUAAUCAUAUUUUAAUAUUUUAUUUCCCUGUGGUAAUUUGUCACUUGUGGCCACAGUAGCUGUUGUUCCUGUUACAUGAGGGCACACAUUUUUUAUUGGGGCCCUGUUGGCCACCAAUGCCACCCCUGUCUCCUUCCCAUGUG